CUACGGUAUCAAAUUGGUACACUCCAAAUGACAUCAACUAAAACGUGAGUAUUUUUUAGCAAUUUGGCUUCGUCUGAAAUUCUACUACUUCAUCAAGCUAAAGCGAGAGAAAGAAAAACAUAGUACACAAUAGAUAAAAUAUGGAUGUUAACACCAACAACACUUUCUUGGCGAUAGCCAUAACACUAUGCACUAUAAUUCUCGUCUACAUCAUUUACCGCUGUGGUCGGGAGCGCAAACGUCCUGUGCUCCCGCCGUCGCCACCAAGACUCCCUAUCAUCGGUCACCUCCACCUCCUAACAGACAUGCCCCACCACUCUCUCUUCAACUUAGCCAAGCAGCACGGCCCAAUACUAUACCUCCAACUAGGCCAAGUUCCAACAGUGGUGAUCUCCUCAGCUGAUCUAGCUAAAGAAAUCCUCAAGGUCCAUGAUCACAUCUUCUGCAACCGUCCACAAAUCAUCGCAGCGCAAUACCUUUCGUUCGGGUGCUCCGAUGUCACCUUCUCUUCCUACGGACCUUACUGGCGCCAAGCCAGGAAGAUUUGCGUCACUGAGUUGCUAUCCCCAAGACGAGUCAACUCGUUCCAACUCGUCCGAGUCGAGGAGUUGACUCGGCUUCUAUCCACCGUGUCAGCUCAGUCCGGGUCAGAAGUCGACGUGAGCAAGGCGUUUUUUGGGUUGGCGAAUGAUAUGCUCUGCCGAGUUGCGUUUGGGAAGCGGUUCAUUAGCGAGUCAACUCGGGGAGUUGGGAAGAAUUUGGUGGAUGUUUUGACGGAAACACAGGAGCUGCUUGCGGGAUUUUGUGUGGGAGACUUUUAUCCGAGUUGGGGGUGGGUUAACUCAGUGAGUGGGUUUAAGAGGAGGUUGGAGAGGAACUUAGAGGAUUUGAGACGUGUUUGUGAUGAGAUAAUAGAAGAGCAUAUAAAGAAGGAGAGGAGAGAGAAUGAAGGAGAAGAUUUUGUGGAUGUGUUGCUCAGAGUCCAAAAACAGGAGAAUCUUGAAGUGCCCAUUACUGAUGACAAUCUCAAAGCUCUCGUUCUAGACAUGUUUGUGGCUGGAACCGACACAACUUCAUCAACAUUAGAAUGGACAAUGACGGAACUAGCUAGGCAUCCAGAAGUAAUGAAGAAAGCACAAGAAGAGGUAAGAAGCAUCUCAUCACAAACAGGGCACGUUGAUGAUAGUCAUCUUCAGCACUUUCAUUACUUAAAAGCUGUUAUUAAGGAAACAAUGCGACUCCAUCCAACAGUUCCUCUCCUUGUCCCACGAGAAUCAAUGGAAAGAUGUGUGAUCGAUGGCUAUGAAAUACCACCCAAAACUCGAGUCCUUAUCAACACCUUCUCAAUUGGCCGAGAUCCCAAGUCAUGGUAUAAUCCGUUGCAUUAUAACCCAGAGAGGUUCAUGGAGGGUGAUCUAAAGAUGAUUGAUUUCAAGGGUCAAGAUUUCAGGUUCCUACCAUUUGGUGGGGGAAGGAGAGGCUGCCCUGGGUAUUCAUUCGGGUUAGCAACAGUUGAGCUCGCACUAGCUCAGAUGCUGUAUCACUUUGAUUGGAAAUUACCAUAUGGGGUUGAAGCUGAAAAGAUGGAUCUUACAGAGCUAUUCGGGUUGGCUACUCGAAAGAAAACGCCUCUAGUUCUUGUCCCAACAGUAAACGAGGCUCAUCCUUUUAAGGGAAGCAAUGAUCAAACUUAGAGAUGAUGACGACUGACGAGUCAAAUGAAAAGGCUAAAGUUUAAAGGUGCGCUAAGGCUAGAUAAGCAACCAGUUGUAAAUGCGUAAAUGUCUGUCUAGACUAUGAAUCUGUGAACUUAGAUGGCAGUAGAGUUGUGUACGUUUAAGCAAAAAUUUUCAAUUUUAAAGAUCAAUCAUAUAAAUCCAGAACAGGACAUGUUUGUCGUUGUA